CAUCCUGACACGUGACUUGAUAUCAACCCGGUGAGGGAAUCUUGGUGCAAUUACGGUCUCUGAUAGUGACGAUUGAGUGGAAGCAAGAUGUCGUACACGUACCUGUUCAAGUACAUAAUAAUUGGAGACACAGGCGUAGGAAAGUCGUGUUUACUCCUACAGUUUACCGACAAGCGUUUUCAACCCGUACACGACCUCACAAUUGGGGUCGAAUUUGGUGCCCGGAUGAUCAGCAUUGAUGGCAAGCAGAUCAAGUUGCAGAUCUGGGAUACAGCAGGACAAGAGUCGUUCAGGUCGAUUACACGAUCUUACUACAGAGGAGCUGCUGGUGCUCUCUUGGUGUAUGACAUUAGCAGAAGAGACACAUUCAAUCACUUGACCACCUGGCUGGAAGAUGCUAGACAGCAUUCGAACUCCAACAUGGUCAUCAUGCUGAUCGGAAACAAGAGUGAUUUAGAGGCUCGUCGGGAAGUCAAAAAAGAAGAGGGUGAAGCAUUUGCUCGUGAGCACGGUCUUAUUUUCAUGGAGACGUCUGCAAAGACAGCAGCCAAUGUGGAAGAAGCGUUUAUCAAUACAGCGAAGGAGAUCUAUCAGAAGAUACAAGAAGGGAUAUUUGACAUCAACAAUGAAGCGAAUGGCAUCAAGCUGGGUCCACAGCACACCCAGAGUGCUUCCCCAGUUGCUGCUCAGUCGGGUGCACAGCAGUCGACUGGCUGCUGCUGAACGGUGGACGCGAUCACUGACAUUCCAUACCGACAGCAGGGGAAUUAUGUACAGUAAAAUCGUUUCUUUCUUAGUCUGUAGUUGUCCAACUGUUACUGUAUUCAUAAUCAUCUGUAUUGUAUUGGAAUCAGGCAA